UAUUAUUAUUAUUAUUGUUGUCAUAAAACCAUAAAUUACACCCAUAAAUCACUUCACAAAAAUCGCCAAAUCGUAUUUACUACUAUCAGACUCUGACGACUUCCGCUGCCCAAAAGGGUCCAUAGGUGAAAGUGAAACUGAGGCAGGAUGUUUAUGGUCUCCUUUCGAUCUUUAUGAACUCUCACAAAGUUUGUUAAUGUCAUAUAAUCAUAAAAUUGUAUUCAGAAACUCUUUUGUUCCCUGCAAUGUACAGUUGAAGUGUCUGUGUCCUGAAGAUGAAGUUUAUUUGUUUGACUCUGAUGCUUAUAAGCGGAAUUACAGACUCAGUAUCAGGACCAUCUGCUCUGUUCAGUCAAGUUCUUCACCAAGCUUGAUCUCAGCAGAGCAUACAACCUCAUCCACAUCAGGGAGGGAGAUGAAAGGAAGACAGCUUUCUCCACUACAUCCAGUCACUAUGAAUAUUUGGUUAUGCCAUUCGGCCUCUCUAACAGUCCUUAUGUCUUCCGGUCCUUCAUCAACGCUGUCUUCCGCGACAUGCUCAACUGAUGGAGCAGUAUGAAGUAGUUGGUCCUGCAGAUGCUGUUUUUGCUGUAGCUGGUGAAGAUGUGAUUCUGCCCUGUUCAGUCAAACCCAGCAUCAGUGUUGAGGACAUGAGAGUGGAGUGGUUUAGAUCUGACCUGAAAGACUCACAACUAGUGCAUCUCUAUGAGGAUCAUGAAGACAGAAACACAGAGCAGAUUGUAUCCUACAGAGGGAGAACAGAACUGACUCAUCAAGAACUACAGAGAGGAGAUGCAUCACUCAAACUCUCAUCAGUCCGAGUCUCUGAUGAAGGACGUUACAAGUGUUUUAUUCAGUCCAAAUCCUGGAACGAUGAUGCAACUGUUAAUGUCAGAGUUGAAGUUGUAGGAACUCCCCCGGUGAUCACUGUAGAUGGGUUUGAUGAUUCAGGAGGACUUCAUCUACAGUGUGAAUCUGAAGGCUGGUAUCCUGAACCUGUUCUUGAGUGGCUGAACAGAGAAGGAGUCAGUUUGAGUUCAGACACUAGAGUGACACACAGAGAAGCAGACAAAUUCAGUGUGAAACACACCAUCACUGUACGUCACAGAGACGACAAGAUUCACUGCAGAGUCAGACUGAGACAUCACAUGCUGGAGACACAGAUUAUCACCACAAGUAAAAGGUUUAGUUCUUGGAGGACAUCAAUCAUCCUGAUUUCAGUAGCUGUUGUGCUCAGUGUGAUUGCUGGAAUACUGAUAGCUGUGUUUGCUCAGAAAAACAGAGGACACAAAGAACUUCUAAAAGAGAAGAGAAGAAUACAAAAUGAACUUGAUCAACUAGUGAAUCAGAAGAGAAUACUACAAAAUGCCCACAAUCAACUACAUAACGAGAAGAGUAAACUGCAGAAUGCACACAAGCAAGUACAAAAUGAGAAGAGAAGAAUCCAAGAGGAACGUGAUCAACUUUUACAAAGUCAGAAGAUGAUUAUACCAAAAGUGAUCACGCAUUUAAAAACACACAUGGUGAAUGUGAUUCUGGAUGCUGAUUCGGCUCAUCCACAUCUCGUUGUCUCUGAUGAUGGGAAACAAGUGCGAGUUGGAAACACACAACUGGAAGGAGUGAAUAGAAAAAAAGAAAGAUUUGAUCAAUAUCUUGGUGUUCUUGGGAAGGAUGGAUUCUCCUCAGGGUGUUUUUACUAUGAGGUGCAGGUGAAGGAACAAACUGAUUGGUGUUUAGGAGUGGCCAGAGAAUCUGUUUAUAGGAAGAACUGGAUGAGUCUGAGUCCAAAUAUCGGAUACUGGACUGUGGCUCAGAGAAAUGGCGUGUGUUGGGCUUGUGAUUCUCCAAAUAUCUCAGUUACUCUGAGUGUGAAACCUCAGAGGGUUGGUGUGUUUGUGGAUAAUGAGGAGGGUCUUGUCUCCUUCUAUGAUGUGGAAUCCAUUUUCCAUAUUUACUCUUUCGCUGGUCAGUCUUUUAAUGAGAAACUCUAUCCAUUUGUUUGUUUGGGGCUUCAUAGGAAUGACAACUCCACACCACUGAUCAUCUGUGAUGAUCACUUAUGAGAUUAGUGACUAUUAAUUAAAAGGAAAUGCUACUUUUUUUUCUAAAGUGUAAGUGCAAUAAAUAUUGCAUAUUACUUAUAAUCAGUCAAACAAUUAGGUUUAUUUUACGUUUAUCUUGUUCUUAAAUAUUUGACUUAAAGACUUGCUUAAAUGACUGAAAUUAUGAUAUAUAAACACUUUAUUUGUUAGAACUAAUCAUGCAAUCAAUUAUUUCUCCUCCAGUUGUGUUUGCUGUUGGUUGACAAAUCUUUUCAGGUUUAGUGGGCUCUCAAAGCUUGAUAAACGUUUUCUGUCAAGUCGCAGUUGGAUGCACCUGAAACUGUGACACAUGCAACAAACCAGUAGCCCCUCACUGCAGAACAAAUGAUCCAGGGGGCGGAGAUGAGGUUUUCUAAAUAAAAAUGCUAGAUCUUAUUAUUUUUCAUUUAUUUUAGAAGAAAACAAACGUAACCCCUGGUAUUUAUUCCAUACAAUGACUAAAUUAAAGAAAAAUAAUGCGUCAACAGGUGCUUACAUUCUCUAAAAUCACAGCAGUUACUUCCAAGAUCAAUACUAUACAAUCCCCUGAGUAUACUGAUCCCCUUACACUUGAAUGUUUGUAGUAUAUAUUUUUUAUAUUUUGCACGUUUUAUAUUUUGUAUAUUGUAUAUAAUUCUCUUUAUUAUCUGUCUUGUCUUGUUAUCGUGUUGCAGUGUAGAGCUUUUGUCACUAAAACAAAUUCCUCUGAUUCUGAUUCUGAUUCUGAGGAAGAAUUCCGCUCAUUCUCUAUUAUGGGAGAGGAAGAAUUGUACAAACUUGUUAAAUCAUCUAAACCAGCAAUAUGUUAGAACCUAUUCCAUUUAAACUAUUAAAAGAGCUGCUUCCAGAAGUCAUAGAUCCUAUUUUGUCUAUUAUUAUUGUCAUUAGGAUAUGUCCCCAAAAACUGUUAAGACUCUUCUUAAAAAAACGCAUCUUGACCCCAAAGACUCAAUGAUUAACGACUACAGGCAGAUCUUGAGUUUAGAUCUAGAUUAGAUUUAGACCGUACCAUAGUACUGAGACUGCUCUCAUUAGAGUUAUCACUUUUUAUUAGUGCUAUUUGGUCUCCAACCUCUGGCCGUUUGAUAAUACCAAGGAUCCUUUUCCUGUUUAGCUCCCAAACUUUAGAACAAUCUCUCUAACACUGUUCGGGAAGCAGACACACUCUGUCGGUUUAAAUCUAGAUCACACAUCUCUUAAAGACACAAGAUUCACUGCAGGAUCAGACUGAGACAUCACAUGCUGGAGACAGAUUAUCACCAGAAGUAAAAGGUUUAGUUCUUGGAGGACUUCAAUCAUCCUGAUUUCAGUAGCUGUUGUGCUCAGUGAAAACAGUCGUCCACCUUGGGCUGUGUGAGGGAACUGAUUUAGCGUCUGGUUGAAGGGGCAGGUUAAUCUAUCCUGUGAACGAACAGAGGUGCGGAGAUUAUCUGACAGACUGCUGACAGGACUCACAGCGCACACGGGACGUCUGGACGGGCCAUUCACAAAAACUGUUGCAUAAGUAGAACAUCACACCGGACAUGUCGUGUGCGUGAAUACGUGAUCUCCUGAAGGUUAUAUGUGCAUAAACAAAAUCACUCUUAUGAUUAGGGCUUUUGCUUAAUCCAUGUUUUUGUCAAAAAGCGCACACAUAUGUAUGUGUUAUUUCUUUAUGCAAAGUAUGGAUACUUUGACUUGUGGUCUUAGGCUUAAGUGAAUGCAUUAAAAUGUCUAAACCCAAAUUCCUAAUCAGAAUCACCCAAACUCUUUGUGACUUACUUAAUAUCGCAUGAACUAUGGAAUGCAAGCAGGAUUAGUCUCAUGCAUGUAUCUGUGCAUUGUGUCACCUUUUAGGGGGGCUGAUGACAGCUAGACUGUUUUGGAAAGAGGAAGGACCAUCGUGUGCAGGUUUAAUCAUCUU